AGUCAGAGUGGAUGAGGUGGAAUGUUCUGUCAGAGAUAUCUCUGGUUCUGUUCAUGUUAUGAGACGAGUUUCCUGUGUGCUGAGCGCUCAUUCAGAAGUGAUUCGAUUCUAUUCUACUUCCUCCAUAAAGUAGCUAGGACGGGCGUUUCACAGCUAGCACAAGUGUUUGAGCGAAAGAAAGAUGGCAGUGAACUUAAGUAAAAACGGAAUUUCCCUGACAAAUGCUUACAAAGAGGUUGUAGAUGAGAAAUCCAACACCAACUGGGCCUUGUUCACCUACGAGGGGAACACUAAUGAUAUACGAUUGGCAGAGAAGGGAGGUGAGUGUGGUAGACAGAAUCCAAGAAAGGCUCCAACAUGUAAAUGUAUUCUGUCUGGUAUCGAGUCUGCAAUGUUGUCUGAGAUCAUCACCCUCACUUAAGGUGUGCCACUGAAUUGCUCUCAAAGCACAGUAAGGCAAUUUAAAAGAUGCAAGCAAAGGUAAAUGUUAAUCUUUUGCAGUAGUGACACAUUUUUAUUGUUUGGGUAAGUCUCCCAGACAGUUUUCUUUCAGAAGAUAACUAUUUAUAGAUGUGAAAAGAAAGAUAACCAAGCAUGUGUAAUGUAGUAGGGGAAAACAUUUACAUUUUAGUCAUUUAGCAGACGCUCUUAUCCAGAGCGACUUAGAUUAGAGUUAGUGCAUUCAUUUUAAGGUAGCAAGGUGAGAUGACCACAUGUCAGUCAUAGUAAGUUGGCAAAAAAUGUCCUCAAAGUAGCUAUCAUUAAGUAGAAAGUGUACCCAAUCGCGCUUUAGCCAAGAUUGAAAAAUAAGAAAAUCAGGUGCUUGACUGAGGUACAUGAAAAUCCCAAAAAGAAUCCUUGCCCCAGGACACUUCAACAUGUGACUACAGGAAUAUAAAGAAAAUGAGCACUCUGUUUAUGCAUAGAUCUGAUAAUUAAUUGACGUGGUAUACAAAAAGGCUUACGCUGGUGUGUUUGCCUUUUUGGGGGGCAGGGGGAUUAAUCAAGAUACUUAUAACUAUGGUUGCAAAGGGUUGGAAACUUUGCAGUAAAAUUCCAGCCUGGAAUUUUGGGAAUUUUGCAAAAAUUCAUCAAAAAAAGUUAGCUUAUAACAACAGUGAACCUUUUUUUGUGGGAUACACAAGGCAAUUCUAGGUCUUGUGGCAUAUUUUGGUUAAACUAUCCCCAAUUCAAUGGAAUUGCAACCCUCUGCAUGCACAGUGCAUUCUUCCAUCACAUGUACAGCUGAUGCUAUUGAGCCCACACUACUACACUGUCUGAGCCAAGGACUCCAUGCUUUCUGGUAAGUUUUGAUUACAAUACUGGGUGGGGUGAAUAUAUUUUAUAUGACAUGCAUGAUUUUUUGCAUGUCAUAAAUAGCCUACAGCAAAGUGUGUUUAAAUCAUUUAUAACUUGUUAACAAUUUCUGAUGGUUAGUUUUUGCUACCAUGUAGGUUUUAGAUUGCUUGAGCCUGCUAAUUGAGGAGUGUUAAUUCACCUGUUUCCAUACGUUUCAUUUUAAAACAUUUAGCAAAGGAGUUGUUUAAUCUAACUACUUAACUAUUUAUCUGCAUAUGGAAUUGUAUUCAGGGUUUUUUUCACUCAUUAUUUUCAUAAUCUUUACAGGAAAAUGCUGCGGCACCAUCUGAUGUGUGGAGACAUUUCACUACAGCUAAUGUAGAAGGAAAAGCUGUGUACAUUUGCAAAAACUGUGCCAACUUGUAUGUGAAGAAUGCAAGAAAGAUGCUGAAUCAUCUGGCCAAGUGCAUCAAAUUCCCUCAGUUCUCACAACAAGCGACCUCUGACAAAAGCCCCUCUACUUCUAUUCGAGAUGGUGGACUGGAGGAACUGGUGGAGGAACUUAGCAGCGGUAAAAUAAUGUACGCUUUCUGUCGUGUCGAGGACCCAAACUCUGGCCUGUGCAAAUACGUCCUGAUCAACUGGACUGGAGAAGGUGUGAAAGACGCCAGGAAAGGACUAUGUGCCAAUCAUGUCAGCUCCAUAGCUAAUUUUCUCAAGGGAGCCCAUGUCACAAUAAACGCCCGUGCAGAGGAGGAUGUGGAACCUGAGGCUAUUAUGCAAAAGGUGGCCAAGGCCUCAGGGGCCAACUACAGCUUCCACAAAGAGUCCAACAAGUUCCGAGACGCUGGUCCCCAAGGACCUGUGGGCUCUGUGUAUCAGAAGACCAACGCCAUGUCUGAAAUCAAACGGACCAAUAAAGACAACUUCUGGGCGCAGGCAGAGAAAGAUGAGGAGAAGCGGCAGCGGGAGGAGCGCAGCAAGGCAGAUGAAGAGCGACACAAGCUGGAGAAAGAUCGGAAGGAUCGAGAGGCCAAGGAGGCAACUCUCAGAGAGAAGAGAGACAAGGAGAGGGCCUCUAUGAUUGACCAGCAGAAGAAGUACCAGCAGCAGCAGGAAGCUGAGAGCAGAGACAAUGAAAAACAACAAUGGGAGGAGCAGGAGAAGGACUUCCAGGCAGCUCAGAAGAAAGGGAUGAAGCGUGGUGAAUCUGUAGAGAAAGCCAAUGAGGCGGCCUCCCUGAUCUCUCAGCGCUCUAUGAACCCCAGAGAGAUGUUCAAGCAGAGAGAGAAGGGCAUGGCCCCCAGCACUGCAGACACCGACACCCCUGCUGCUGCCCACACCCCUGCCAGCCCCCAGCCAGAACCCAGUGUGGAUGAGGCCAUUGUGGAUGAAUCCACUCCCAGUGUGGGUGAGACAUCCCAAUCUGAGUGCUUGGAUGAGCAGGAUGCAACCCCUGAGGAUCAGUGGCAAGAUGAAGUAAAGGCAACGGCAGCUCCCACUGAGCACAACCAUGCCACAGAGCCAGCCCAAAACAACCUCUAUGAGGAGCCCCAGGAGGUGGAAGAGAACACAAAUGAGGUGGCUGCAAAGAAGACCGACCGAGGCGUCUGUGCCAGGGCUCUAUACGACUACCAAGCUGCUGAUGAGACAGAGAUUUCCUUCGAUCCUGAUGACAUCCUCAAUGGCAUCGAGAUGAUUGACGAGGGCUGGUGGCGGGGCUAUGGCCCAGACGGUCAUUUUGGAAUGUUCCCAGCCAAUUACGUGGAGCUGGUCUAAGUCCAUACCUUGCCCGCUCACUAGAUCAGCAUAUUGGAGGCAGAAGAGAAACCCCCCCCCCCCCCCCAGAAGAAGUCGUCAGUAGGAAAACUGCUAGCUCCAGAACACAGCAUGUCAGAAGUAACUCAACACUGAACUUUUCAGAGUCUAUUGCUGAACUGUAUCCUUCACAUUAUGGACCAAUGUAUGAACAGUGACCAGGGGGUGCUCAAAUCUAUCCCUGUUGAUGAGAGAAAUGUAAUUUAUGUUGUGAGAACUUAGGUGGCAUUGUUUAGGUUUUGAUGAAAUCCCAAACGGAAUCUCUUACCUUCUGUGAUGCAGUAAAUUGUCAGCCUUUUUUUUUUAUGUUUCAAUUCAAGAUUCCAUUGUGAACAUUAAUAGCACAUGUACAUCACAUAUCUUAAAAAGUGAAGCCAGUUUUGUUCCAGGUGUACUUUUUUUGUUUGUUAUUUGUAUCAUUCACUCAUGUCAUGUUCAGGAUAAUAACAUUUCAUAGCUCACAUCACGGUACCAAAUAUAUAUUUUUUUGCCUUUUCCUCAGACUGACAUUUUAUGUGAGUUUGCUUAAAUAAUCCUGCGUGAAUUUCAAACCAUAGUUUGGUAUUGCAGUUGAAUAUUAGAAAACCAAAAUGUUCUAUAUUUGCUGUGCUCUCCUGUGUGGCUGAAUUCAAGAAAAGAUGGGGGGUGAAAAUGACACAAUCAUCAUAUCCUUGUGCAAAAGUAUUAUUUUUUUAAAAUAUGUAAUGAUUAUGCUACAGAGCUUGUCCCCAUACCCUCCCUCCCUCUGCCCUCUUUUGCCCCUAGAGAAUUUGAAUGACUGACUGUUUCAGGGACCAGUUACACGGAACAAGGCAUUAGUAAUCUUUCCUGUCGUGUUGUUGAAUCGUCUUGUCAUUAUCUGUGUCUUAGGUUAAGCAGAGACAAAUUGUACCCGUCUUUCACAGUCCAGCUUUCAUCCAAAUACAGUUCUGUGAAUGGCUUAAUUUAGCAGGCUUAAGAGAGCAAUGAUCAGAUGCUGUUAUCAUGUGCGAGUGCCAAAUGAGAGUAAAGGAGUGGGGUGAUGAUGCUGUCCUCUGGAAAGUGCUUUCUCUCAUUCUAAUCUGUGUGGAAACUCCAUAACUGUUAUGCAACUUCCCUGCUUUUUUAACUUAUAAUGAAAUCAUUGCAAUAAAAAGUUUGUGGGACAUUGUCACUUUAAAUAAAGAUUUAAAAAUUAUUAAAAAGGGUCACUAAUUUCAAGGUGCAUGAUGUAUCCGUUGUCCUUGUUUUUCAAGAGUAUAUUGUAAUGCAAAUACUUUCGUCAUAAUAAAAGAGUUCAAGUAAAAUGUG